UCCUAGCUGUAGCGGAGGUAAAUACACGUUGAUAAUAAUUAGAACGAAUUCUUUAGAAGUCCAGAAGGCCGACCAAGACUGAUUACCAACGACAUAGCUGAUUGUGUUAAGUGGGUCAAGUUAGUUACUUCUUGAGGGGGACGUUUAUCACGCUUUUUAUACAAGAUGACGAUUUCGACGCGGACAUUUGUAAGGUUUCUAGCCCUGACUGCCGCAACCUUUGCUGUCAAAGGAAUAAAUGGGAGCUGGAACAUUUCUUUGAUGGAAAACGGGGAGGCAAAGCUGAGACAGAAAUUAUUCAAGACUGGUUACAAUCCUGAACUACGUCCCGUUCUGAACAAAAGCAAUAAAGUCACUGUCAAGCUCGGUGUCUCUUUACAUCAAAUCAUUGAUGUGGAUGAAAAGAAUCAACUAAUGCAAGUCAGUCUCUGGAUACGUCAGGCCUGGUUUAAUCCAUUCUUGACGUGGAAUUCUUCAUAUUUUGAGGGUAUCAACCAAAUCAAUAUCAUCGCAAACAAAGUUUGGAUACCAGACAUCUAUCUUUAUAACAAUGCCGAUGCAGAUAGAGAUGGAGCACUUGACCGAUUCAAAACUAAGAUAGUACUCAGCUCUGACGGACGAAACAUGUGGCUCGGCCCAGUUCUUUACACCUUUUCUUGCAAAAUAAACGUGAACUUUUUCCCUUUUGACGAACAGUUCUGCUCGAUGAAGUUUGGUUCAUGGACCUACGAUGGUUACCGUCUUGACAUUGAAAUGGAAUCAGAGGAAGGCGAUACAAAGAAGUUUGUAACAAACGGUGAAUGGGAUUUGAUUGGCCUUCCAGCGGAAAGAAAUGAAAUUGUUUAUGUCUGCUGUCCUGAGCCGUACCCAGACGUGACGUAUACGGUCCAUAUAAGGAGGCGGACCACUUAUUAUUUUGUGAACCUCAUACUUCCGUGUGUGCUGAUAACAUCCCUGACACUACUGUCGUUUUUCCUCCCCCCUGACUCCGGUGAACGCAUUACAUUUGUGAUUACCAACCUACUGGCCAUGACUGUGUUCAUGUUGAUUGUGGCGGAGAUCAUGCCAGCUACUUCUGAAGUUAUUCCAUUGAUAAGCAUUUAUUACACUGGAAUCAUGUUUGAGGUCGCUCUCUCUUUAGUUGCAACAUGCUUGGUGCUGAAGUGCUACUACAAAAACCCCUCAGUGGCGGAGAUGCCCACAUGGGUCAGAACAAUCGUGCUCAACUGGAUGGCCAAAAUUUUUCACGUCAAGAUUCCUGCAGGAUUGAUAAACGUAAUCGAAAAACACGUGCAAGAACAAGAGGAAGCUCGGGAGGAGAUUGAUAUGGAGAGGCGGAGUUCUACCAUGCCACCAACAGUCAUGCAACGUGAAAGAUGUUUCACAUCGAUAGGAGAAUUCUACUCAAAAUCCAGAGGAAGUCUGCAAACUGCUGGCCGAAACCGCUGUAGGACAUUCUCCUCAGAAAGAGAUUCAAGCGUAGAAGGAGAAACCACACAGACUACUCGUGUUCCCAAGCCUUUAUACCUUCCUUUCAUCACCAGUCUUCGCUCCAUUAACGAAGAUCGACCAUCUGCCCCAAAUAUCCAAUUGUCUUUGGAAGCUACUAUGAGAGAAUUGCUAUUGAAGCAAGACAACAUAUUGAAGAACGUUCGAAGGUUGGUGCAUGUGGUGAGAGAAAAAGAGGAAAGUGAAAUUAAGAGAGAGGAAUGGAAACUGGUCGCCUCUGUCAUCGAUGCCUGUUUCUUUUGGGUUUUCAUGGCCGUAUUGGUAGUUUCUAGUCUCGUUAUUUUUCUGCAGGCUCCAAAGUAUUGAUGAUAAUCAACUUAUAAACCCAGAUAUUGAGUAGGGUUGACGUAAGUGUUAAAAAAGUAUAUUACUGUGACUUUGUGCGGAGUGUGAUGAAAGAAACGAAGUUUUCCGAGAAAACGAUGUUUGAUAUUUCAGUGCAAUCUAUUGUCAGUGUAUUUUUUUGUCGUAAUUGUUCAGAAUCAACUGUUGCAACUUGUUGAUUAUUGGGGACUCUGGCUAGUGCCAUGAGUGCUUUACUAAUGAUUGUAAAAAUUAUAUCUUCCAAAGGAAACCUAUGUAUUCAUAAUUAAGAUUUUUGUGCGAUAGUUUAACUCCCAUUAAGCAACGAAAUUAAUUACAAACAAUGAAGAACGUUUGUGGACCAACGCCAUCCCUUUAAUCGUACCGCGGAAAAGUCUAAUAUAUUAAACUACAUCCAAAUAUAACUAACCUUCCUUCAACAUCUUCCACUUAAAAAAACUCCACAAUGUCAAACACUACUUUUCCCCACUUCAGUUCCCUUUCUUUGAACCCUAUCGCUUAAUUUAAAGGUAAUGCUUGCUCCUCUCCCUCUCUCUCUCUAGAGUAAUUUUUCUCUUUCUCUCCAAGUUGACCGCAAAGUUUUCUUUUAUCUUUCUUAAGAGGCACUUUUUUCUCGCCG